AAAACGCACAUCGUUUAGCUUCUAACGCUAAAAAUGCAAUAAAUCGCGCAUUCAGACACGAUUUAUAGAUAAAUGCUGUGAAAGUAAUACACUAUUCAAUGUAAUCAAAGAUGUAAUAUCAAAAUAACGGAACAAUAAAUAAUGUUUAAUGUUCAAGUGUCCGCCUGGUCUACGACAAUAUUACGUCAGUGAACGAGGAUUCGGUCAAAAUGGCGUACCAACAAGGUUACGGUGGUGGCGGAUACGGUGCCCCACGACAGCCCCAACCUGGUGCCGAUCAACAGUUUCUGUGGGGAGUUUUUCAAAGAGUUGAUAAAGACCGAAGUGGACAGAUAUCAUGUGAUGAAUUACAGCAAGCAUUAUCGAAUGGAACAUGGAAUCCUUUUAACCCGGAGACCGUCAGAAUGAUGAUCAAUAUGUUCGACAGACAAAACAAAGGCACUAUUAAUUUCCAAGAAUUUGGUGCUCUCUGGAAAUACAUUACCGAUUGGCAAAACACUUUUCGUAGCCAUGAUACUGAUAAUUCUGGAUUUAUUGACAAAAACGAGCUGAAAAACGCUCUAACUGCCUUUGGUUACAGAUUUUCUGACUAUUUCUAUGACAUACUUUUGCGUAAAUUUGAUAGACAAGGGAAAGGAAAUGUUGCCUUUGAUGAUUUCAUCCAGUGCUGUAUUGUAAUACAGACGCUGACGAGCUCAUUCCGCCAGUACGACACCAGCAUGCAAGGACGCAUCACCAUCAGUUAUGAACAAUUCUUGGCAAUGGUGUUUAGCAUCAAAUCGUGAAAAAAAAUAUAUUAAUUUUUUAAAAAUCAAAAUUACUCAAGAUGGUUGACUCUCUCUCAGAUAAGAGAAAAAAAUGAUUCUAAUUUGUUUGUCUCAUUAGUGGUAUUUAUGGUCACUCGAUAUAUGGCACACUGUCACCUUAACCUUGUAUUUGCAUGACUUUGCAAAGGUCACUCAUCCUCAAACUUGUAUGUUCCCACAAACAUGCUUCACGUUCAUAUCAAUUUACAAAUAUUCUACAAUAUAGUAAUGUAUCAUUUUUAAUAAUAUUUUAUUAAUAAUUUUACAACCUGUACAUGAUGAUGAUUUUAUCUCAAAGCCUAAUCUACUUUUUAAUUAUCAAUUGAUCUUUUUUAAUUAUGUCUGUUUAAUCUGUCUAAUAGACAAGUUUUGGGUUUCCUGACUGCUUUGUUACCAUGUGCGUGAAAGGGUCAGAUUGGCGUAGAUUCACUUCUAGUCAGCUGAAAUAAGCAUUAUUAAGUAGACAUUUUACUGUACUAGCUUCAGUUUUGUUCCAAUCAUUUAAAACUUUACAAAAUUUUCAUAAAAUACAGAAAACACAUUUUACAUUUACACACACACACAAUCAAUUUAUCGGGUAUACCAUUUUGGUAUUUCUACGUGCCUUGUAAAAUAUUUCUGGGACCUCAUACAAUCAUGUCUAUUCAGCUUGGAAAAAAACAAAAAAAAAACUGAGGCAAACUGGCUGUAGGAUCAGACUUGGAAAUCCCUUUCUGACACCCUCAGUAAUGUAGCAACCAGGAAACAUGUCUGUGAACUUGCUAUUAAAAUAUUGUACUGGCUGUUUUUUGUGAUCAAUGUUGUUAAAAUUACUCCAUUUUGUACAGCUCAAGACAUGAAAUAUGGUUUCUUGUGAAUUACCCAGUCAACUAGUUUCGGAAGGAAGGAAGGAUCUUUAAUGGGUCAUAGGUCGAAUGUAAGAAUGUAUCUACUCACAUUACGAAUCUAAUAACAUUUCAGUUAUCAAACUCGCCAGUUGUGCUGUAUUAGAAUUUUUCAUCUUGUGGUGUGUGUGGUAAUCGUGGUGCAAUUUUUUAAAGCAAUAAAACAAUGCAAAAUACAUUGCAAA